CCCGCCCGCCCGCCAGCCCGCGGGUCGCGCCGGUCCGGCCGCGCUGCCUGUGCGCGGGGCUCAGCUCCGGGCGCCGGUCCUUCCGCCCCCGUCCGCGGCCGCGCUCGCCGGGCGCGGAGCCCGCGCGGGGCCGGCGGGAGCAGCGCAGGCGGAGGGCGGCGGAACCCGAGCCGUCCGCCCCUCCGCGUCCUCGGCCCGGGGCGGGCGAUGGUGCUGGACCAGGAGGACGUUCGUAGUUCCUUGCAAUUCUGAGGCACAAAAGUAGGUGAGACUGCUUUUGUAUCUGCGAAGUGCUUCACUCCUGAAUGUAAUUCUAGCUGAGUGCAAUCUAGGUUAAGAGCCGGACAAGCGGGUAAUUAGAGCCCGCUCGCUGCCCGAGGACCGGCCGCCCCGCCGAAGCGCGCCCGGAGUCGGCGCCCUUCUCCCGGCCGAGCCGAGCUGCGGCUGGACACGGAGCGCCCGAGAUGAUGGUGCUGGACAAGGAGGACGCCUAGAAGCCUAGUCUUCACCACACUCAAGCCUCAGGGUUCCACGUGGAUGUCCAGGCUCCCGGAUGACAUCUGUCCCCACCUCCUUCUCAACCGCCCCUCCCUGUGGCCUCAGGACCAGCGGCCAGGAGCCUGUGCCUCUGUGCACGCCUGUACCCACACAUGCCCACGCCUGCAUGGUGUGCCUGUGUGCACGGGGUGCAGCGUGCCGAUGCUCUCCGUCCAGCCCAAAGGAAAGCAGAAGGGCUGUGCAGGCUGCAACCGCAAGAUCAAGGACCGCUACCUGCUGAAGGCGCUGGACAAGUACUGGCACGAGGACUGCCUCAAGUGUGCCUGCUGCGACUGCCGCCUGGGCGAGGUGGGCUCCACGCUCUACACCAAGGCCAACCUCAUCCUGUGCCGGCGUGACUACCUGAGGCUCUUCGGCACCACAGGAAACUGCGCCGCCUGCAGCAAGCUUAUUCCAGCCUUCGAGAUGGUGAUGCGGGCCCGGGACAACGUAUAUCACCUCGACUGCUUUGCCUGCCAGCUUUGCAACCAGAGAUUUUGCGUGGGAGACAAAUUCUUCCUGAAGAACAACAUGAUCUUGUGUCAGAUGGACUAUGAGGAGGGGCAACUCAAUGGCACCUUUGAAUCCCAGGUUCAGUAACGCCCGGCGCCUGGCCUCCAGGCCCGUCUGUCUGUCUGCCCACCGCCCUCCUGCCUGGCCGGCCAGCCACUCUCCUGCCGAUUAGAAGUCCUCCAUCCUCGAUGGGAGGGACGGCCCUUCCUCUACCGCCGCCCGUCUGUGUGUGACCCCUCCUGGGGCCAGGCUGGGCCUGUACAGUCUGUCUUCUGUAUAUAAAUGGGAACAUUUAUUUUAUGAGAAAUGUAAUGCGAUUUUAUUACUGGCGUGGAUUAAACUUAUGAAUGUUUCCGGGGA